AUGGCUGGCCCUUCAAGGCCUCCAUCCACCCUCCCGACCACCACGAGGAGGUCUGGUUUACGCCAACCGAUGACACGACGAGCCGGUUCGGCCGCACCACCAGAGAGACAUACAACACCUGCACCAACACCGUCAGUGAGAUCGUCUGCAGUUAGCGCUGCUCGCCCACCGAGAAGCCCCGAAAAGCCGAAUGCGCCGCCCAAGAGAAAAGAAAGAGAAUUUGAGCGCGAGAUCAACGAAGACACCAGCAUUCAUGUGGUGGUUCGUUGUCGCGGCCGCAGCGAUCGCGAGAUCAAAGAGAACAAUGGUGUUGUGCUAUCAACUCCAGAGGGCGUGAAAGGCAAGACACUCGAUCUGUCGAUGGGACCAAACGCAGUCUCAAAUAAGACAUACGCCUUCGACAAAGUCUUUUCCCCCGCUGCCGAUCAGACCGCUGUCUACGAGGAUGUGGUCCUUCCGGUUAUCAACGAGAUGCUGUCAGGUUAUAAUUGCACAAUUUUCGCAUACGGACAGACCGGAACAGGAAAAACGUACACUAUGUCAGGAGACAUGAACGACACACUCGGUAUCCUAUCCGACGACGCAGGUAUCAUUCCGCGUACACUUUACUCGCUAUUCCACAAACUCGAGGACACCGAAAGCACCGUGAAAUGCUCCUUCAUCGAAUUAUACAACGAAGAGCUGCGCGAUUUACUGUCAUACGACGACAGCACAAAACUCAAGAUCUUCGAGAACGAGAAAAAAGGAGGACACAGUACAAUGGUCCAAGGCAUGGAGGAGACUUACAUCGACUCUGCCUCCUCCGGUAUCAGGUUACUACAAUCCGGCAGCCACAAACGCCAGGUAGCUGCAACAAACUGCAACGAUUUGAGUUCCCGAAGUCAUACAGUGUUCACAAUCACAGUUCUCACCAAGCGGACAACCGACUCUGGCGAGGAUUAUGUUAGCUCAGGAAAGUUGAAUCUAGUUGAUUUGGCUGGAAGCGAGAAUAUUGGACGAAGCGGCGCUGAGAACAAGCGCGCAACCGAAGCAGGUCUCAUUAACAAGAGUUUGCUCACCCUUGGCCGGGUGAUCAACGCCCUGGUCGACAAGAGUUCGCACAUCCCAUACCGCGAGUCAAAACUUACUAGACUGCUACAAGAUUCACUGGGCGGACGAACGAAGACAUGUAUCAUCGCCACUGUCUCGCCAGCCCGUAAUAACCUCGAAGAAACCAUCUCUACCCUCGAUUAUGCAUUCCGAGCCAAGAACAUCCGCAAUAAACCCCAGAUCAACUCCAUUAUCUCGAAGAAUAAACUUCUGCGAGAUAUCGGAAUGGAAAUCCAAAAGCUCAAGAGCGAGCUUAUUGCUACACGGCACCGCAAUGGUGUCUAUAUGACCCCUGAUGCAUUCGAGCAGAUGACAGUGGAGAGUGAAUCACGGCGCAUUGUCAACGAAGAGCAGCGCGCGAAGAUCGAGUCGAUGGAGUCCAGUCUCCGACACAAGGUUCAAGAGCUGCUUUCAAUCACCGGCAACUUCAACUCGCUGAAGCAUGACAACGAGGAGACACAGUCCAAGCUCAACGAAACGCAAGAAAUUCUCGGCGAGACUGACAAAUAUUGGAAAGAUUGUCAAGAACAGCUGGACGAGGAGAAGGCUGUGCGGAAAGCCCAUCAGCAGACAGAGAAGCAACUUCGCAACAUUGGUGCAGGACUAGUAUCUACUCUCAAUACCACAAUUCAAGAUGUGAAUGGGUUGCAUGCGAAGAUCGAUCGCAAAGACAACCUGGAAACAGACAACCGACAGACUUGGCAGACUUCUACCGGCGAAGUUUGUGAGAUUACCCAGCAGAUUGAUGCUCGCAUGGAAGUUUUCCAGACGCAGCACGCUAAGCUGCUAGAGGGAAUGUCAGGCAAAAUCCAUCGAUUCGUGGACACUGAAUUGAGUACCGUGCAGUCUGCUCGCUCUCAACUUCAGACUCUUGGCACCUCAUUUGACAAAGUUGAGAUUGAGGCAAAGAACAUCACCUCCAAUGCGCACACCGAGAUGAAUGAGGUACUCGAAGAGAUCAAGGUCUUGCGGGAGGAUGUCAAGACAAAAGUUGGUGAAGGACUAAACGGUUUAUCCGCGGCAGCUGCUCGAAUUUCCAAAGAGGUCAUUGGCGAGUUCUCCGAGUUUCAUACCCAGCUUCACACCUCAUACAGCAGCCUUGGCAAGGACUUCAAGUCCAUGUUUGAGAGUAUGGCUAAGCACCUUGAUGAGCAAAAGUCCGAGGUCAACAGACUACGGGUCGAGCUGCAGGCAGCGAACCGCCAGACUGUGGAGGCCAAUAGAAAGGCUUCUUCCAACCUUGCUCAGGUUUUGGAAGAGGAGCAUGCCAGUGCGCAGGCCGAACGUGACACUUUGAUGUCUCAUAUCCGUGGACUCCUCGAGGAAUCCAACCAACGACAGAACAACCGCCUUAAAGGGAAAUUCGAUACUCUCCGCACAGAUAUUUCGGCCACGGGAGACUCGCUUGAGCAGGCCACUGCGCAGCAUGAUAGGCACAUCGACGAAUGGAUCUUCAAGGAGGAGCAGUUCGCUAAGGACGUCUCUGGAUCGAAAGAUGAGAUCAAAACAAGAAUGCAGAACGAUUGGGAGGCGUUCGACCAACGAAAUGCCUCGAUACAUCGAGCAACAGAAUCUGUUCACCAGGAAACGGUUCGCAUUGUGGAUGCUCAGAUGAGUGACAUGGGCACUCAAAUGGAAGCAUUGGACGACUUUGUUGCCAAAGCACGCUCACAGAAUGGCCGCUUCCACGAAUCUCACAUCGGCAGCUUGAAUACCAUGGCCCAGAAUGUCCGCGAAUCCCGCUCGACAGCCCAAAGACAAAUGGACGGGUUCUCCCAACGGGUUGGUCAAUUCAGAGAAGAAGUCAAUACGCAUACGAAGAACCUGGAGCAGUCCACCGCCCCUCUACCAGGAGAAGUCCGCCAGCCACUUUCAGAUAUGCGUUCAAACCUCCUGAGUCACCCUAUGAAAGAAUACGUGCUCACAGGUGCAACGCCCCAAAAACGACGCUACGAUUACCCCUUGGAAAUGCCCCAGACAGAACCCCACGAUGGCCUCCGCUCUCGACACCGCACCUCGAAGCAAUUCACAGCUCUCCCUUUCAGCGAAGAAGAGGAUCGAAAAUCUCCCGUUGCUUCCCCUGAGCCCUCCCCAGCCAAACCCUUUGUGUAUCACGAUACUGCGGGACAGGUAGGGACCCUCUCUGUUCCCUCAUCCGCAGCCCCAUCUUCCAACACUGGCCUUAGGGAAGUCGAUCUAAACGUCGCCAGACCGGUCGCGUGUGACGAGGACGCUGGCAUGGCCACCAACAAGCAGGAAACACCCGCGCUGAGCACAUCCCUGGAUCUGGACGAGACACCUGAAAAGGAAGAGCUGGAACAACCCGUUCGCAAGCGCCGCCGCUCAAACUCCGCGAUGGGUGAGAGUAAGGUCCCGCAGAAGAUGCCGAAGAAGAUGUCUAAUAUGAUGGAGGGUCGCGAGAACCAGAUCCCUGCAGGUCGGAGAUUUAGAAACCGAGGUUCCGAUUAG